AUCCGUUUUGCAUAACAUUGGCUCUCCUCCAGGCUUAUUUAUUCCGCCGGCUGUCACUACAUCCGGUUUAUUUUCCCUAUCGCAGGGCUGUCUAAUUAAUCUGAUAGAUCCAUCUUCGUCUUCUUUUAAUCAAGUACCAGUACUUGAGUGUUGGCGCUGUUGAUCGAUGACCAUAGAAAAUAGUCAGUGUCCUCUUGUCUUCUCAUCCCAACCACGUGUAUUAGCCAACCAGUGGGCAACUCAGCGAUUACUUUUUGUCAGGGAAACUGGAACCUCUUGCCAAGAGGCCCAACCAGCCACUAUUGUUUGUGGCUAGUGCAGAUUUGUUUUGUUACGACUUCUAUUUUGGUCGUUGGAUAAUAAACCGUCGCCGAGUUUUCGCCUCCUUUCGCUUUUUGCUUUUCUUUCCCCUCUCGCUUUGUAUGCCACCCGUUGCCACCGACUCACAGUACGAUCACUAUCUUGUGGCUCGCCAGAAUGUCGCAGAUCAGGCAGCAACAGGACUUACUCCUACUAGCGACCAGCGAAUCAUACUUAUCAUUAUUGGUGUCUACAUAGCCGCUAUUCUGGUACUAUGGAAUAUGCCUAUAGCCAAGAUCAUUCUGGCACCUUUCAAGCUACUGACUGUGGGCUUACAUGAGUUCUCACAUGCUGCUGUUGGUUGCUGUACCUGCGCCAAAAUCGACUCAAUAGAAAUCGACCCAGAUGAAGGUGGUGUAACUCGUAUGCGAGGUGGCAUUCAAGCGUGUACCCUGCCUGCUGGAUAUCUUGGGUCCUCCUUAAUCGGAGCUAUCCUGGUCAUGUGCGGCUUCAACAUCUUGGCAUCCAAAAUUGCUAGUAUUUUCCUAGGUGUCUGUUUACUCUUCACGUUGUGGUGGGCUAAGAAUUGGCUGACGCGAGCUAUCGGCGUUGUAUUCAUUGGCUUGAUGAUCUUCCUAUGGUGGUUGGCUCACGGUGCUGGACUCAAGUACUUUGUCUUGUUCAUCGGGGUUAUGUCUAGCCUUUAUUGUCUUUGGGACAUCUUGGAUGACCUGGUGUUUAGGAAAGCCUACGAAUCGGAUGCUUCCAAGUUUGCCAAAGUCUGUGGAGGAGGCUGCAUGUCGAGUCGUGCUUGGGGUGUGAUAUGGUUUUUCAUCAGCUUAAUGUUCUUGGUCGUUGGAAUUUUAAUUGGAUUGGCUGCAUUUAAAGGUACGUGUCUCUCGUAAUUUUGUUUUAGGCGCCAGAUCACAACCAUUUUUAACAAACUUGCCUGUAGAAACACAAGCGGAGCAACAACAACAAGCACAAGGUUUUGGCUGGUGAUCCAUAGACUUCACUGUCCUAGAAAUAAUCUAAUUGUAUACUAAAGUUUCACACUGUAAAUUGUUUACCUUACUUACUCUACCAUAGUUCAGAGCUGCUUUUUUUUUUUAAAAAACAAAAAAUUGAUUAAAGGGCUUUUUUCCAAAAAUCAAAGA